AUGUUGAUCUACUUGUCCCUUCUGCGUCUGCUAUAUCUUGUUACUUUCUUCGAAGCAGCCAUUGCCGAAAAACACAGGCUCCAAAAGUGGUUCGCACGCUAUGAAAACGCCUUCAGCAAUCUGACUCGGGGGAAUUGCUCAACGGAAUACCAAAUCUACGUGAAGGAUUCGAUCGGCAAUGCGACAAUCUAUCCCGACCUCGAAAUUUGGCAAAUUGACGAUACUAUCAGCCCUCUUCUCAAUUGUCUCCUCGAGGAGACCCCAGAGCUUUACAAAACCAUACUUGCUAGCUCCCAAGUACUGCUAGGCCUCAUGCCCACUAUCCUCGUGAACGUUGGGCCAAGCCUUCAUGAGACAGCCAUACUCCAGACGUAUGGGAAGCGCCACAUUUUAGGGGUUUUAGUUGCUCUGGGAAGCCCCUCUGUGCUCUUCGAUAAUACGGUUGGUCUUCGUGAGCUUGUGGCCAGCAUUCUUAGUCUGAAAGACAGCAUUCCAACGAGUCUUCUUUGGGGCCCAAAUCAUGUCACCAUAAUUCUAGAGUAUAUUAUGGCUAUCACUGCGAUAGCGAACAUAGGCGAGGUCUGCUACGAAAUUGGAGUGAAAUCAGCUUUGACAAUAUCGCAAGAAGAACAAGCCCUGCCUGCGAUAUGGAUAUGCAUCGGUGCACUAAUCCAUAUACUGGGAGGAGUCAUACUGAGAGUUGCACAAAAGAAACGCCAGCCAGGAGGCUUCUGGGUGUCAUACCUGAACUUCGAUUUCCUUCGAUGGCUGGAGAGGCAAUUUUCGCCUCCAGUCAAGAUAGAGCCGAUUGAGUUUGAGCUGCGGCCGUGUUCAGUUUUUGAAAUGGUUGUUUCAUGGUUGAUCGGAAUACUUGCUACAUUGAAUAUUAUCUGGGGGACGGUGCUUUUCUCUAGCAUUCUGUUUGCUCCGUUGGAAGAGGCUCUCUGGAUUGUUUUGCGCAUCAUGCUCUCGGCCAUCUUGUGUCAAAUCGUUGUUGGUUUUGAAAUUUGCGUUAUACGGGAGCAAAAGUCGUCUGAUCGAGAGCUAGCUAGGAUGGUUGCCUGUGCCCUCUGA